CUGCUCAAAACCAACCGAUUUAGACUCAGCUAUUAAGCACGCUAUAUUUAAGAAUGUCUUGAUAGCGCACAUGAACAUUCAAAAAUCAUGCACUGUGUCUUUAACAGGUUGAGCCCCUUCCAGCCAAUGAACCGGACACACUACCCGGAAAAAAGCCGAUUGCAUGAGUAAUAAUGGGCUGUAGCUAAUUUGUAAAUAAUUGGGUAUAUCGCUAUUUAUUUCACUUUUAUUUUAACCGGUGAUCUUUUUAUAUAAUUCAAAGGCUGACAUUCUCGUAUGAUUGGUAACUUGGCUCAUAUCGCAAGGUUUUGCUUAGGAAACAUGGCAGCAACAGCAGAUCACUUCAUGUAUUUUGCUUUUGGAAGCAACUUGUUGAAGGAGAGACUUCAGCUGGCGAACCCCUCAGCUAUAUUUCAUUGCACCGGCCGACUGAAGCAGAACUACACAUUGAACUUUGGUCUGUGGGGGGAGCACAUUGAUAACCAUUGGCAUGGAGGAGUAGCAACCAUCCAGCAGAAAGAGGGGGGAGAGGUGUGGGGGGUGGUCUGGAGGAUGAGCAACGACCACCUAGCCAGCCUGGACAAGCAGGAGGGGGUGGACAUGGGUAUGUACUUCCCCUUAGAGGUGACAGUGGAGACAGACAACGGGGCACUGCUCUGUAGAACGUACCAGAUGAACCGCUUCCACGCCUGUCCCCCCUCGCCACAAUACAAACAGGUGGUGUGUUUAGGAGCCCAGCAGAACGGUCUACCAGUGCAGUACAUGAGGAGACUAGAAGAGGUUCAGACCAACAACUACAGCGGCCCUUCUAUCCUGGACAAGAUCUCACAGGUCAUUAAGUAAUUCUGAUAUUUUUUUCCACUAAUUGGUCUUUUGAUUUGGUGUUUUGACCAAUCGGAUCAGCUCUGAAAAGAUCUGAUGUGAUUAGUGGAAAAAAUAUCAGAAUUGGGCUGCCUUUGUAAACAUAGCCAGAAUCCAUCUGAAAUGACAACCAAUUGGGCUCUGGUCAAAAGUGGUGCACUGGCCUCCCGGGUGGCGCAGUGUGCCAUCAGAGUCCCUUGGUUCGCGCCCAGGCUCUGUCGUAACCGGCCGCGACCGGGAGGUCCGUGGGGCGACACACAAUUGGCCUAGCAUCGUCCGGGUUAGGGAGGGUUUGGCUGGUAGGGAUAUCCUUGUCUCAUCGUGCACCAGCGACUCCUGUGGCGGGCCGGGCGCAGUGCGCGCUAACCAAGGUUGCCAGGUGCACGGUGUAUCCUCCGACACAUUGGUGCGGCUGGCUUCCGGGUUGGAGGCGCGCUGUGUUAAGAAGCAGUGCGGCUGGUUGGGUUGUGUAUCGAAGGACGCAUGACUUUCAACCUUCGUCUCUCCCGAGCCCGUACGGGAGUUGUAGCAAUGAGACAAGAUAGUAGCUACUACAACAAUUGGAUACCACGAAAAAGGGGUAAAAAAAAAAGAAAAAAAAAGUGGUGCACUAUAUAGGGUGCCAUUUUGGACAAACACACAGACAGGCACCAUAAAGACAAAUGCAUGUGAUGUGGCUUUGGAGAGAUUUGAUGACGAAUGGUUCAAUUGAAAUGGAAUGGGGCCUUUGAGAGAAAUGGGAGAUGUUGUAAUGUAUUUAAUAGAUGUAUACUGAAUGAAGUCCGUUACUUCAGAAAUCAAUUGAUUUAAUGUAAAUUGUUAUUCUUUGUUUCUUAAGAAACGUCUGAAGGAUCUCUGCUCCCCAAACUGUAUCUGGUCCAAUUGUCUUUUCAACAAAACAUAAUUUUGUAGUCAUUAAUGACGUUGAACAUACAACUAUGUAUAUACAGAAUUAUCACCAUAGUGUCCCAGUACAAAUUCUGGAGUUUUAUUUGUGCUUUAGUUUUUACUUAAUUCAACGAAUACAAACUUGUGCAAAAUAUAUAUAUAUAUAUAUAUAUAACAAAGAUGCUUGAGUAAAUUAAAGGUGUGUUUUAAAUCAAA